AUGCUCAAGAGUAUUAGCAAUCCACCAACAGCAAAAAGCGGAAAUGAUUUGCCACUUUCCAGACUUGUUAGUUUGAUUUUAUAUCCUGAUGUUCCCAAGGAAGAUCCAAUAUGGACUUUGAAUGCUAUGCAAUACGGCCAAAUUAUUACUCAUGAUAUGAGCAUGAUUCUAGGAAGUACACAAGCACAGCCCCACGGUACUCGUUGUUGCUCCAAUGAUGGCCAAUUGCUUGAACUCGCUAACAUUCCUGAUCAUUGUUAUCCAAUAGUGCUACCCGACAAAGACCCUCAACACUCCCAGACAAAUACUAAGUGCAUGAAUUUCGUUAGAACUAUUACCGAUCGUGAUCGCAACUGUGUAGGAGGCAAUCAACCAGCUGAACAGCUCACUGCAGUAAAUCACUAUUUGGACCUUUCUAUUGUUUACGGAAAUACUGAUCAAGUCAAUCAACAAAUCAGACAAUUCCAAGGGGGUCGAUUAAGAGUGGACGUUAGAAACGGUCAAGAAUGGCCACCUAGAUCCUUAAACGCUUCAGGAAUAUGUACCAUUCAAAAUCCUAAAGAAGCUUGUUAUCUGGCUGGUGACGCCAGAGUUAACCAAAAUCCUCAACUUACGUUACUUCAAAUCGUUCUUCUUAGGGAACAUAACAGAAUCGCAGGAAUUUUGGCCAAACUUAAUCCUCACUGGGAUGAUGAGACUCUAUUCCAAGAAUCAAGAAUUAUAAACGUCGCUCAACAUCAGCAGAUAACGUACUACGAAUGGUUACCAAUUUUUAUUGGGGAGCAAAAUUCUUUAAAAAAUAAUAUUCUGUACAAUACCAAAGAUUUUGUAAACGAUUAUGAUGAAAAUGUGAAUCCAACUAUCUUGAAUGAACAUGCAACUUCAGCUUUUAGAUAUUUCCAUUCCUUAAUAGCUGGAAGUUUGGAUUUAGUCACAGAAGAAAGGACAAGUUACGGAAGCCUCCGUUUGAGUGACUGGUUUAAUCGUCCUCAAAUACUAGAAGAGGGCGACAACUUCGCCGAACUUGCUAGAGGUCUUAAUACUCAACCAGAACUGGCUGCGGAUCAAUAUCAUACUAGUGAGAUUACCCAGUUUCUCUUCCGUGCCGGUCAACCAUUUGGACAAGAUCUUAAAUCAUUUGAUAUUCAAAGAAAUAGGGAUCAUGGUUUGGCUAGUUACAACGAUUAUAGACAAUUCUGUGGAUUAACAAGGGCUCAUACUUUCGAAGGUUUUCUGGAUGUUAUUAGUGACCAGAAUGUGCAGAAGCUUGCGACUCUUUACGAAAGUCCUGAUGACAUAGAUCUGACAGUUGGUGGAUCCUUAGAAGCUCACAUUCCCGGAACAUUAGCGGGACCAACUUUCUUAUGCAUUUUGACCGAACAGUUUUACAGAACCAGAAAAGGUGACAGAUUUUUCUUUGAAAACGUAGCUAGUGGAUUAAAUGCAGCUCAACUCAAUGAAAUUCGUAAGGCUAGUAUUUCACGCUUAUUGUGUGAUAAUGCUUAUAGUAUACAAGCUAUGCAACCAAGAGGUUUCCAAAGAAUAUCACAAAGUAAUCCUGUAGUACCUUGCGAUACUUUGCCAACUGUAGACUUAUCCUUAUGGAAAGACUUUGGGGCAGGAGUUGGAGAUCAACAAACCAUACCCUUUAGUCACGGUGGAUUAGGUUCUCAUCCUGUUUAUGGAAAAUAAAUUGGUCAUAUUCUAUUAUAUUUUUAUACUGAAAUGUAGGUGAAUUUAGAAACUAGUGUAUUAUUUAACUAUUGAAUUGAUUUAAACUAUUUAACUAUUUAAUUGAAUUUAAUUGAUAUUGGUAGUGUUUAUACGUUUGUCAGAUUGGCCAUUGGUUUAAUAGAAAUAUUAUAAUAGUAAGUUGUAAGGGUUACAUAAAAUAUGUUAUGUUUCAUUAUUGUUAAUUACUUGUGUACGUCAGCAUUGUUCCCUAGUUUGUUCUUUUGUUGUCACUUUGUAAGCAAAAUAUUGUCUGUCCACCAUGAAUUAUUUUUAAUUGCUUGGGUUUUCUUUAUAACUAUUAGUAAAUACAAUAUCUACUUUUGGGCGAAUUAAUGUGAAUACAAGCAAUAAUUCUAAAUAAAAAUUAUAUAAGUUCGUUAUGGACAAAAAAAGAGAAAAACUGCAAUUUAACUUAUUUUACUAUGGUAUAUGGCCUUCUUGGAUUUUUUGUAUACAGUUAACAAAUUUUUUAUACUCUAAAUAUUACACAUUUUUAGUGUUUGGUCUCGAAACCAUAUCUGUAUGAUAGUGUAAUAAACGCCGUUACUACUGUAACAAACGCUGGUCACCACUGCAAUACUAGCGGAGACAAGACCGCUGUCACCCCUGUAACAUCCUCGAUUUAAACUCCAAAAGGAUGCUUAUCUCUGCGAGCGGAGGCAAGGAUUACUGGCGCUCAACUAGUCUGAAUGGAUGUGGUUUCUCCCACGCGGAUUUACAAGAGGGUAGGGAAUUAUCUGGAAUAAAGAGAUGAAGGACGUAUUUUGAAUAUGUUCUCUCCACUACAAAUAUACCUAUACAUUCAAAACAUGGUAUAUUGUAAGAGCCUCCAUAAAAAAACUAUAAAGGCUCUAUUUUCCAAAGAAAAAUGGAAUAUUAAAUGGGUGGAAUGAUAUUUAAAAAAGCACGAAAACAAACACAUGGAUUCGCAAUAAGACAAAAGGACAAGAUGUAUAUAAUUGAAAUCUUUAAAUGAAGAUCGGCAAGAUUGUUAAUCAUAAUAGAAGACUAGAGAAGGGGUAAAAAGGUUACUAUAUGAAGACCGAGAACAGGCAGAACAAACAGAUAACUCAAAUGCAAGAUAGGGAGAUCCUCUAUCUAUUAGAGAUAUUCUCUAACGGCUAUGACAUAAUCAUAGCCGUUAGAGGAUAUAUAUACCUUGAUAAAGCAUAUUCUUACAUCUAGGAAUGGAGUAGAAGAUGCUGGUAAAUGAUGGUUAAGCUUAUUGACCAAAUUUUAAAAUAUUUGCUGUAUCACCUGUAAUUUUCAGAUGUAAUGUUUUACCUUCACCAUCAAAUAUUUCAGCAUGUUUGCGAUUUAUUUAGCUUUUCUAUGAUAUUCUCAUAUAAAAUAUUUUUUGUUUUAAACUUUGAGGGUAUACAUGGCAACUAUCGAACACGGUGAUUAAUUUAAUCUUGCCCAAGUACUUUCGAUCAAUAGAUCAUCUUCAGGGGCAUUUCGUCAGUUGUGGCCUAUCCGACAUAGUAGAAUGUCAUAAAUGUAAAAUUUGGACAUAACAAUACAAAAUACAAUACACUAAG